AGACCCGGCACCCGGCGGCCCGGCGGCCGGCCCGCCCCCGAGGGCGCCGGGCGCGGCGGGAGGAUGCCGAAGCCGACGCUGCUGCUGCGCGGGGGCUGGGAGCGCGAGCGCAGCCCCGGGGACUCGGAGCUGGGCCGCCAGUUCCGGGACUGGUGCUUGCGCACCUACGGCGACUCGGCCAAAACCAAGACGGUGACACGCAGCAAAUACCAGCGGAUCGCCGAGGUCCUGCAGGGCGGCGGCGGGACCGGCGCGGGCAGCGGCCCGGCGGCGGGCGAGAAAGGCAAGUUCCAGUUCUGGGUGCGCUCCAAGGGCUUCCGCCUGGGCAGCGGCCGGGAACCCAAGAUGGGCCAAGUGGUGUAUGUGCCGGUCAAGACAGGCUCGGGGGCAGAUGGCCUGUCGGAGCCGGAGGGCAUCUCUCUGAAGCGGGUCGCUGUGGUGGAAGAUUUCUUUGACAUCAUCUACUCGAUGCAUGUGGAGAGCUCAGCGGAGCCAGGCAAAGCCCCCAAGCACGCUGGGCAGAAGAAAACCUACCGAGCGAUCGCGGAGACCUACGCCUUCCUUCCACGAGAGGCCGUGACCCGCUUCCUGAUGAGCUGCACGGAGUGUCAGAAGAGAAUGCACUUUAAUUCCAACGGCCUGGAGCCCAAAGAAAACGAGCCUCCCUCUCCUCUGGUCUCCGGGAUUAUUGAUUACAACAUGCCCCUCACCUCCACGUACCUGAAGCAAAUGAAGUUGCGGGUGAUGAAUUCCCAGGAGCAGGAUGAAACUUCUGUGAGCAGUGAAGAUUUUGAUAUGAACGACUCCACAUGGAUGUCAGCUGACCCACACCUGGCCUCCAGCCUGAGUCCCAGCCAGGACGAGAGGAUGCGGAGCCCGCAGAACCUCCACAGCCAAGAGGAUGACGACUCCUCGUCUGAGAGUGGCAGCGGCAAUGGCUCCUCCACCCUGAACCCGUCCACAUCCAGCAGCACGCAGGGCGACCCCGCCUUCCCCGAGAUGAAUGGCAACGGCGCCGUGGCCCCCAUGGACUUCACGGCUACCGCUGAAGAUCAGCCCAUCAACCUGUGUGAUAAGCUCCCGCCAGGCACGGCGCUCGGCACACCCUCCUACCCCUCAGACGGCUGCAGCACCGAUGGACUGCGGAGCCGCGUCAAGUACGGGGUGAAGACCACCCCUGAGUCCCCCCCCUAUAGCUCUGGGAGCUACGAUUCCAUCAAGACAGAGGUCAGUGGCUGCCCUGAGGACCUGACUGUGGGCCGGGCUCCCACAGCAGAUGACGACGACGAUGACCAUGAUGACCAUGAAGACAAUGACAAGAUGAAUGACUCUGAGGGCAUGGACCCUGAGCGCCUGAAGGCUUUCAACAUGUUUGUGCGUCUCUUUGUGGACGAGAACCUGGACCGCAUGGUGCCCAUCUCCAAGCAGCCCAAGGAAAAGAUCCAGGCCAUCAUCGAGUCCUGCAGCCGGCAGUUUCCCGAGUUCCAGGAGCGGGCCCGCAAGCGCAUUCGCACGUACCUCAAGUCCUGCCGGCGCAUGAAGAAGAACGGCAUGGAGAUGACCAGACCCACGCCUCCCCACCUGACCUCGGCCAUGGCAGAAAACAUCCUGGCAGCUGCCUGUGAGAGCGAGACAAGAAAAGCAGCCAAAAGGAUGCGCCUAGAGAUCUACCAGUCCUCGCAGGACGAGCCCAUAGCCCUGGACAAGCAGCACUCUCGUGACACCGCAGCCAUCACCCACUCCACCUACUCACUGCCAGCCUCCUCCUACUCCCAGGACCCUGUGUAUGUCAACGGCGGCCUCAACUACAGUUACCGUGGUUAUGGGGCCUUGGGCAGCAACCUGCAGCCCCCUGGCUCCCUGCAAACAGGAAAUCACAGUAAUGGGCCCACAGACCUCAGCAUGAAAGGUGGGGCCUCCACCACCUCCACCACACCCACGCCCACGCCCUCCAGCAACAGCACCAGCAGGACCAUGCCCACCGCCCAGCUCAGCCCCACGGAGAUCAGCGCUGUACGGCAGCUCAUCGCCGGCUACCGAGAGUCUGCCGCCUUCCUACUGCGCUCAGCAGACGAACUGGAAAACCUCAUUUUACAGCAGAACUGACCCCAGCGGCCCCUGGCGUGCACUACCCUCGGGAAGGAGGCGGACACAGCCCCGGACCUGGCUUCUUGCCUCACCAGUUGGUACAUUUUGGUUUUUGAAAGAGGUGGGAUCCAAAAGAGUUGUUUCUAGCCACACUCCAAGCACCUGAGACUUUGGGCACAAGGACACUUUUUUUUUGAAAUCUCACCACACAGGUGCUCUGACCUGCUUGGAAGAGGCCAAUGGGGCAGCUUUGGAAGGGCUGGGGAUCCCCUGACAAGGCGCUGGGGCCGCAGCUCUAUUUAGAAUCAUCUUUGUGGACCCUGAUGUUAGAAUCCCACCCCCAGAUAAUUACCUUUCAAGUCUUAGGUGAGCAGAAUUGCAUAUUUAUUAAGAAAAACAAAGUGGACCCUUCUUCCUCUCUCCCCUUAGUAAUUUAUUUUUCUGAAAAUGGAUUCUUUUGUGUUUGUACAGAUUGCCAGUCUGUGUCUGUCUGAUCAAGAGGCUGUCUCCCUGUGACCUAACAUUCCAUAUCACUACACUGGCACGGGCGGGGGCCGGCAGGGUGGGGCUGUGGUGGGGCAGGCGCCAGGCUGGCUAUCUCUCUGAGUGCCCAGCACCGCCAAGCGGGAGGACCUCACCCAUACCCAUGCAAAGCAAAGGCAAACACACAUGGCUCCCCCCAUCUCCCAGCCCCACAUUCCACACAAGCCCCAGUCACGGCCACCUGUAUUCUACCUCACACUCCAGCGGGGGCUUUUUCCAGGAUGUGCCCUGAGCCUGUUCUGAAUGGCUGUCUCGCAAUUCCCCCCACACUCCCCCCCCAAUGCGUCUGCCUGGGAGGUAAGUCCAGAUGGGUGGCAGGAGCUGGGCCCAGAGAGGGCCCUGGCCCGGGUCUUCCCAGCUGCUAGACAGGACAGAGCGCUGGGAGCAGGCAGCCAGUCAGCAGGGUCCCUGCCCCCAGGGAGCCAGCUUGAACCCUUCUCCACACAGACCCAGGGCCCUCAGAUACCUGCUGGGAAGGUGCCGUUUCUUCAGGGUGAGCCCCUAGCUGUCAGGCAGCCAACCACCAAACAAGAAGCUCCUGGGCGGACUGUAGCUCCCAUCCCCUGCUCCCAUGGUUGAAAUAAAGGGACCAUCAACAGAACUGGAAAAGCCACUUGGGUUUUCCUAGGACCCAGCCUCCUUCUGGAGGGAUCUGUCCUAGAAGAAACCCAUAAUCCCUGGAGUGUGAAAAAGGGUGGAAGAAAAGGCCGGCCUGGUCUCCUUCCUCCCGAUAGACGCUUCCUCUUGCUCAGUGCAAUACCUACCAGUGCUGCUAAAACCAGGGAUUCAUCCAGACCUCAGAAGGCCCCCGGGGCCUCUCCAUGCAGCACUCCGUAGCCAUGACAGCAGCCCUCUGCUGCCCGCCCCUGCCCAGAGCUGGCAGAAGCCCUCUGUUGCCUUUCCUCCCUGAGAGCAAAGAGGCCCCAGGGGAGCCAGGGCCGAGUGGACCCCAGGACAGCCACAGAGCGCCACUUGACCCCUGAGCAGGCACCCCUUCCCAAACCAGCUUCUCUGCAGCCAACUGCCUCCUGGCACUGUGGCAAACCACCCUCAGGAGGGGCAGGGUGGGGGCUCCAGUGUGGGUGCCCCACCCUGCCUCGGAUCCCUAAAUGCUGAAAGGUAGGGUGCCCCACCCCAUGCUUACUUCCAGUCCCUAGAGGUUGGGGGUGGUCUUUUCUCUCUCAAGUGGCCUCCAACACUCCACUCCACCUCGCCACCUCUGCCUUCCAUCUGACCCCACCCCCAGGCCUCCAGUCAGGGCCAGGACACCCCAGACUUCCCCUUAGCACAGCACAAACUCCAGUGCCCAAGACCUCUCCCACACCCCAGCCAUCUACACAUCUAGCCCCCCCUGCUCAGUACACUCCCUGAUGUUUGAAUUUGUGUAAAUAUUUAUUUUUGUGUGUGAACAAUAUUACAAAGUAAUCAGUAGAUCUUUUGCAAAAUGUUACCCCAGGCAAUUUGUGAAAAUCUUAAUGUUAAAAACUGGCAGAGACAAUCGCCGCCUUAGAAUUCUUGAUAUCAAUUGCUUAACAUGUCAUUUCUCCUCCCAGAGGCAGUCCCCAAGCCAGGCACGAGUGGUUUGCUCCUAACAGACAGGAGUGAGAAAGACCACACAAGGGAUUAGAUCGAAAGAUCAGUAUAAGCUACAGUUUGAAGUCGCGUUUUUCUGAGUUCAGGCUGCCCUAACUGACCACUUUCAGCCGACUUAAGUACUGCGGUAAGAGCGGAGUUUCAAUGUGUUUUAAAGAGAAAGGAAAGGACCGCCAAUGGUACUAGUCCACUGGGGCUUCCAGCAGCCCCUCCAGGAUGGGAUUCUGUCGUGUCGACCCUACCUUUCGGGUGGGCUCCUUCCCAGUGAAGCUACACCUGAAGCUCUGGACAUGGCAGAAUCAGGAGCAAGUUACUGUGUGGAAACAGGAUUCCAUUAGCUAGUUCAGUCAGGGAACUUGUUCUGUUUUGCUUUUGUUUUAAAAGAUGCAGCUGCAACCCAGUCCCUCUCCUGCUGUGGGGAGCAUCCCAGAGCUGGUUCUGCUGAACCCCGCUCCAGCCGUCCCACCCUCACCCUGGGGGACUGCCUUCUCCCCAAAGCCCUGCCCCACAGCCAUUUAAAAUUCUUAACGGAGGGAGGGCCUCAGGGCACAAGUGAGUCAUUUGGGAUCCAAAGUUAAAAAGGUAACGGAGAGUAGAACACACCAAUUCCAGAGUCUUUGCAGGGGGCUAAUCCCGAGAGAAGGGUGCAAUCAGGAGAGUGGGGAUUGGUCUUAGUUGGCGGAUCACCUAGAGCAUCUGAAAUUCACUUACCCUCAGCACUCGUACAAGCGGACAGUGUACACCCAAGGACAGCAUGGGGGGGGGGAACAGGGGACAGGCAGGGGCUAGGAGGUUUUAGAGUAUUUCAAACAGGUGGAACCCCACCAUCCCUAUUCCCAAGGGCCACUUAGGACUCCGGGGGUGGUUAUAGGAUUAAUUACCAGUUCAUUUUCAAAAUGCUGCUUUGAACUCAGAGGGUUGAUACUUUUAAUUUGUAAUUUUUUGUAAAACUUUUUACAAAAUAGUAAAGUAUUUCACCAGAAUACCAGUUUCAAUCCGUCCAUGGUCUGAUUUUUAUAUAAUUUAGUGGUGCUUUAGAAACUUUGUUUUUGUUGUUUCUGAGCUCAACAGCUCGAUCCUUUUUCGCCUGUAUCUACCUAAGACCAAUGUGAACCUUUGUAUUUUUGCUCCUAAUUUUGGACUCAGUGAAAGUGUACUGUUUACAUGUACAGAUGCCCCAGUCCCUGUGUGUUCUGCAAGACUCGCUCCUGAGGAGGAAGGGGCACCUCACCAGGCCCACCUGCUUAGCAAAGCCACAAAACAAAAACCUCUCACUUUCUACCUAUGUUUCCACCUAAAAACAGAAACAGAAAACCUACACCACACAGAACUCAGAUUUGCUGAAACACACUUUUCUAAGCUCAGAAAAAGCGCCGCGCGGCAGAUGGCCCAUAUGCGUCUAUCACGUGGUCCGUUCAGAAGUAGGGGUCAGAACAGAUUUCCUGUGGCCGCUGGGGGAUGGCUGUGCGGACAGAUGAAAAGGGAAAGCAGGACUCCGCUGCAGAGCUAUGGGAUGGAUAUGUUCUCCCAGCAGCCUGGGAGGACAUUGGAAGGUCAAGAUGACUCAUGUGACCUUCAGGGUCAAGCCACUCAGGAUAUCAGGACAACCCAAGACUGACUUGACCCAAGUCAGUCCUCUGGCAUAAUUCAGACAUGUUUUGGAGGAGCGUGAGUUCCGUAUCUGAGAUGAGGCUUUAAGACUCCAGUGCAGAUGGCACAAGCAUUUCUGCAGGGUUCCCCUGGAGGCAGCUUGUGCACGAGACAUCACCUCUGGAGAGGGGCAGGGGGCUACAGACGAUAAGCAUAUGGCACUUAAGGCAAAGAGUGGAUGGCACCGACUUUUAAAGGUGACUCUUUAUUACUUAAUCAAUGGCUUCACCUCUAAAUUAUAUUUUUACAGAUAUGCACCUAUGCAACUUAACGUGGCUCUUCUAAGCAGGUGGGGACUUCCUCCUCAAUGCUCUAUAAAAAUUCUUUGUGUUCUAUAUAGUGAGUUUUUCCAGUAAAUGUGGCUUAAUAUUUUAAUUCUUAGACUGUGUCUUCUCUAUGUGAUGCAACUAAAUUCUGUUUUGUUUGUGGAAUGACUAGCACAGGCCAACUCCCUCUCCCCUCACUUAACAAAAGACCAAUGAGCUGUUAAUCGAGCUGUUAUCUCCAUGGUAUUACUUGCUAAAUGCACUGAUUUCAUAAGUAUGUGGAAUCCUUUUUCUUUUGAAUCUGUAUAUCAUAUAUAAGACUGAAUCUACUUAAUAAACACUGAAUAACAAACUGAA